GCGCUUCAGAUUUGCCUGUACUUCUACUCAGAUCAGUACACUUCGCAUCACUGAUGGAUUUUCAGCACCGUGUUGGUGGUAAGACCGGCUCUGGUGGGGUCGCCUCGGAGGCAGAAGCAAAUCGUGACCGAAGGGAACGGUUAAGGCAAUUGGCUUUGGAUACAAUUGACCUGGCGAAGGAUCCGUAUUUUAUGAAAAAUCAUUUGGGAACCUACGAGUGCAAACUUUGCCUCACUCUCCAUAAUAAUGAGGGCAGUUACCUCGCCCACACCCAAGGGAAAAAACAUCAGUACAACCUUCAGCGACGCGCUGUGGAGCAGGCGCGCGAAGCGCCCGCUACGAUGCAGCCGGAGCGAGUGAAAGUGGAACCAAAAAAGUUCAUCAAGAUUGGUCGACCCGGGUACAAAGUGACGAAACAAAAAGAUCCGGACACUGGUCAACAGUCGAUGUUGUUCCAAAUUGAUUACCCCGAAAUUGCGGAUUCCGCCGGAGUAUUACCUCGCCAUCGUUUCAUGUCCGCUUACGAACAACGGAUUGAACCACCGGAUCGUCGUUGGCAGUAUCUGUUGUUCGCCGCGGAACCCUACGAAACGAUCGCGUUCAAAAUCCCGAGCCGAGAGGUGGACAAAGAUCCCAGAAAACUAUGGACCUACUGGAAUCCUACUGUUAAGCAGUUCUUCCUACAGUUUGCUUACAAAUUGGAGAACCAGUCUUCCUCGGCCGCGAUGUUGCGUGAUUUAGAAAUGCAGAAAGCCCGAGCUCAACACGCUCAGCUUCAACUGCAGCUACCUCCACCCCCGCCUCCGCCUCCUCCACCACCACCCCAUGUUCUCGGAUUGCCUACACCGGGUCCUGGUUUUCUCUUUGCGGUAUCAGCGCCGGGCGCCAUGCCCCCUCCGCCCCCUCCACCACCGAAUAUUGUCAGAGAUCCCAGUGUUGGACUGCUACCACCGCCACCUCCGCCACCGCCUUCGAGUGCUGCUUUUACGACCCCACCACCGCCACCACCCCCUCCACCACCCACCGGUUUGGUCACCUCGGCACCGAGCAUGCCUCCACCACCACCACCACCUGGCCAAGCAUAAAACACGGUUCUACGUGACGCCGUAUCCCUUUGCCAGUGGCAUUCUUGUUCGUAAUUUUAUACCGAUAUGUA